CUUUCCGCGAGAAAAAUCGUUCGUGAGCAGGAUGGAAAUUUUCCUGAGUUUAUCCUUGUGAUCCUUGCCACCGCCCGUGUGUCUGUGUUUGUGUGUCCGAAGGGUGAAGGGCGGGGUACCGUGGCGGGAAGUUAACCCAUAGCAUCACAGAAGACCAAAUGAAAAACGGCAGCACCUACGGUAACUCGUCGGCCUUGUCCUCGUCCUCGUCGUCGUCCUCGCUGUACGCCAGUUUGGGAUCGGCUGGUUCGAAGGAACCGAAAGGGCCGACGAUCAUCGACACCGGAAUGUAUCUGCGGGAUUGGCGCAAGGCGCUCCGAUCGCCACCAUCGUACAGGAUAGGGAAUCGCACGAUCCGGUUACAGGUUCACUUUACCUGGGUACUGGCGACGCUUUCCGCAUUCCUGCUGCUCGUCCUGUACAUCUCCUCGAGUCCCUCGUAUCUGCGCGAGGCAGCACCGUCAGCGUCCAGCAGCUUGCUCAAGAACACGGUCAUCGUGUACAACCACACGUAUCCGCUGACCAGCCCGAUCGUGAGCAGCGGUAUCUACUCCUUUCGAGUAGGCAUCAUCGCGGAUCUGGACACCAACUCGGCCCUGUCCAAGAACCAGUGGGGCAGCUUCUAUCUCAAGGGCUACCUGAGCUACAUUCCCUCGAAGCGAUCGAUCACCAUAUCGUGGGAUGAAGGCAGUCCCAAGCCCCUGAAAUCGGGCUACGCGCUCAAAGGCCGUGGCAUGGAGCUGUCGGAGCUGGUGGUGUUCAACGGCAAGCUUUUAACGUUUGACGAUCGCACCGGACUGGUGUACGAGGUGGAUGGUGACCGGGUGCUACCUUGGGUGCUGCUAAUGGACGGAGAUGGAAGGACCUCGAAGGGGUUCAAGGCUGAGUGGGCCACUGUCAAGGAUCAGGUACUGUACGUGGGAUCAAUGGGCAAAGAGUGGACGACGGCUGCUGGUGAUUUUGAAACCAGCGAUCCGAUGUACGUUAAGGCGGUCACGGUACAUGGAGAGGUGUACCAUCUAAAUUGGGUUAACAACUACAAAGCCAUUCGAAAGGCGAUUGGAAUCGAGUGGCCAGGUUACAUGAUCCACGAGUCCGGUGCCUGGUCGGACGUGCACAGAAGGUGGUUCUUCCUGCCCCGGCGAUGUUCCCGGGAACGGUACAACGAAACGCGGGACGAACAUAUGGGCUGCAACUUCCUCAUCUCGUGCGACGAGACGUUCCAGAGCAUUCGCGCCAUCGAACUACCGCGGAACGGUAUCCCGGCAACGCACGGGUUCUCGAGCUUCAAGUUUCUGCCCUCCACCAACGACGAGAUUAUCGUAGCGCUAUCAACCGAAGAGCUCAAUGGGAAAACGUCUACCUUUAUCAGCGCAUUCACGGUCGAAGGCCAGCAACUGAUGGCGGAAACGCGCAUCAACACGGAGUACAAGUAUGAGGGGCUCGAGUUCAUCUAGAGCCUUGUCAGUAUUUCUGUUCAGUUAGGCUUUUAGUACAAUUUGAAAAACUGUAAAUAAUUCCUUCACCAAAUCCGUGCAACUGCUUGGAAACCUUUAUCUCGUGCUUUGUUCCCUUUUGCGGGAACCAAUACCAAACAGAAUUCCCGUCGCUCCCCCACACCCCCGUGUCCAUUAUAUGGUUGAUAUUUGAAGGAAACUUCAACAAGCUGUUGUGAUAGUAGCCACUUUUUCUUUCUCCCGUCUCUUGCUCUUUUGUACAGCAAUUAGUGUAAAAAAUAAAACCAAUUAUCAAA